AGUCUUUGGAGGACAAAAACAAAAGAAAACAAGGAAAAUGGAGAAGUCAGAGAAAGUGGGUUAUUAAUGGCAAAGAUAGUUAGGACGUGGUGGGCGUAGCACGAAGCUUGGGGUUGAUGACCCAAACUUACUUCACGACACUUCCCAUUCCCCUCGACUUUGGCAUUGACAUCUCCUUUCCAUUCUUUUCAGUUUCAGAUUCUCUUUCCUGGGUCAUCUUUCUUUUUGGUGUUUGGAGGGCUCUUGCCAUCUUUCCUGCUCUGCUGAUUCUUGUUUCUAUUCACAGUUUUUGUUUUCUACAGUUUAAUCAGGGAGGAGGCUUGGCGAAGUCCUGUUGUUUUGUGCCUCUCCAGCUCUAAUUUGUUUCUGGACACAUAAUUGAACUACCAUAUAUCUCACAUCGCAUUUUGUCUUAUUAAGUGACAAUGGGAACUGUGGUGGUAAAGGAUGGUUCACAAAAGCAAAUGUGGAUACCAGAAACGAAGCUUGAGGCAAAAAUGGUUGAAGCCAUGCAGAGGAGGGAAGCUGAAGGAUGUACCAUAAAAUCAUUCAACAGCCUGAUCUUGAAAUUUCCAAAAAUUGAUGAGAACUUAAGAAAAUGUAAAGAUAUCUUUGAAGAAUUUGAUGAGGACUCCAAUGAUACAAUUGAUCAAGAAGAGCUGAGAAAAUGUUUCCAAAAGCUGGGGAUUUCUUUUACAGAGGAGGAUAUUAACGAUCUAUUUGAGGCCUGUGAUAUUAAUGAUGAUAUGGUGAUAAACUUCAAUGAGUUCAUUGUACUUCUCUGUAUAGUGUAUCUUCUUAAGGAUGAUCCUGCUUCUCUUCAUGCUAAAUCACGGAUGGGAUUGCCAAAUUUGGAGGCGACGUUCGAAACCUUGGUCGAUGCAUUUGUCUUCUUGGACAAGAAUAAGGAUGGUUAUGUCAGCAAGAAUGAGACGGUUCAAGCCAUAAAUGAAUCAGGGGAACGCUCUUCUGGACGAAUAGCAAUGAAAAGAUUUGAAGAGAUGGACUGGGAUAAAAAUGGAACGGUGAACUUCAAGGAAUUUUUAUUUGCAUUCACUCGUUGGGUUGGUAUUGAUGAUGACAACGAAGGAAUUGAUGACGACAAAGAGGAUGACGAGGAGGAAGACGAAGAUUGAAGAGAAUGUCCGGAAGUAGUCUGUAAGCUUGGAUCUCAGGUUCCUAAGGACUUGCUUGCAUUUCCAAUAAUGAUGAAGUUGAUACUAAUUCUUCAUUACAUAUCCAAUUAUGAUGUAAAUAUUUUCAAGAAUAGAACUUAAAUGCAAUACUAAACUUGAUAAAUUCAAAAUGUAUUCAGCACUGCUGCAUCUUUGUUUAGCUUGAAGUUGAGUUCUCUUUCGGCAGAUGAGCUCGAAUCUAGUCUGCAGGUUUAUUCCUCUAAACCUGCUUCAGAGGUUAAUAAAUUUGUGUAAUUCAUUUUUAUUUAUUUAAAAGUAAACAUUCAAUAGUUAUUAGAUUAUAA